AUGGAUUGGCUAUCUGCCAAUCGCAUUCUCAUAGACUACGGUGAGAAGAAGUUAGUUUUUCCUAAAGAGGAAGGGGCAGUGUUGUUGUCUUCAAGACAGCUGAAGCAAGAUUUGGUAGAAGGUGCUUGUUGUUUUCUCGUGCUUUCGCAUCUGUCAGUUGAGCAGAGUGGGCAGGGUUUAGAUCACUCAGUUGUGAGUGAUUUCUUGGAUGUGUUUCCUGAGGAAGUGUCGGGGUUGCCUCCUCAGAGGGAAGUCGAGUUUUCUAUUGAUUUGGUGCCUGGAGCAAGACCAGUAUCAAUAUCGCCGUAUAGAAUGGCUCCAGUUGAGUUAGCUGAGCUGAAGAAGCAAAUUGAACAUUUGCUUGAGAAACAAUUCAUCAGACCAAGUGUUUCUCUGUGGGCAUCAGACCAAGUGUUUCUCUGUGGGGUGCGCCUGUGUUGCUUGUGA